AGUAGUGUAUGCUGAAAGCAGAGUUUGGGGGGGAGUGAGGCCUGAGAAGGCGAAGAAGAGAGUAGGCUACGACUCAGAAACAAUCAGCCAGAGCAGGAGCUCGAGGAGUGAACAAGAAAAGUUGCACAUAACAAACUUUGGGAAAGGUGAACAUUCUGUGCUGGGUAAGCAAGCGAUCCACCGCUCAAUUCUUAGGAAACGGUUUUUAGCAGUGGUAAGGCAGAAAAAGUUACCACUUGUGCUGGUUACCAAUCAGAAUAGCCAAAAUAUUGCAACACACGACUUUGAAAUAUUUCUUGGCUUAUUCUCAGGGAGGAUUGGGUUCCAGAAAUUACGUAACAACUGGUAGCCUUCGAGCAACAUACGUUCCAAGAUCAUGAAGGAUACAGCGAUGAACAACAAGGUCUUGAAGUCUCUCAUCCGAUCAAGAUCUGCUGAGAAUCUUAUCGGAAAUCUGCGCCUUGAACCCGUUCAAGAAUGCAAGGAGGAGUACGAAGAGCUUGCAGAGAGUGGCAUUUUGUCUCUGACCCAUUCUUGUCAAGAAGACGAGUGCGCUUCAGGACCUCGUUCAGCGCUAUCAGAUACAAGCAACUGCUCGCAUGCAGAGUUGUCAACAAGCCCCUUUCUUCUUCCCAUUGAGGGUAUGGAAUCUUCUCACUCCGGGAUGAGGAGAAGCAGCUCAGAGAACAACAUCUGCUACAAAGGGAGCCUGAUGAACAAGACAUCCAGACCGUCUCAGCCCAGUCCGGCGUUCCAGGACUUCUUGUUGAAGAUGCAAGCAGCAGAAGUUUGCAAAAAGUCGAAUCAACUCAAAUUGCUUCACAAGAUAAGUCGAUCGCGGGGGAAGCAAUACAGCGCCAAGAUUUUUCGUGGCGAUUCGUUUGGCGAUCAACUGCGUAGCCGCUACCUAGAGCGCCUCGGCAUUACAAGACGGCGUGAAAUGCAGGAGAUUGUUCGAGUUGAAGAGAAGAAGCCCUCGGGAAACAUGUCGAGCCGUACAGAGAAAGAUACGUCGCAUCGUCGCAUCGAGAAGCCGAAACAGCCUCAGAAAAAGCAAACGUGCAGUCAAGCUGCGUGCGCGAAUAGGAGGAAUACCAGUGUGCAGCCACAGCAAGAGAUGAACUACCUUGGCGGGUGGAUCUUCUAA